CCAGUCACACCGGAGCCAUUUGAGGUGACGCUGCCCGGCUCGUGCCCACUUGUCCCGGCAGCUGCGGUGUGCUGGUCGACUCACUUAGCAGGUUAAGGAUGGAACCCCUCUAGUUGUUGGUUAAUUUACUUCAUUAUCGCAAACUUUUAACAGGGAUUAACUCGCUAGCUAGCCCCCCGACAAGGCCCCGGUGUUGCGCUGGUGGAGGAGGGGGAUGAAAUUACGUUUUUCCCCAUCAUGUCGGAGUCGUUCCGUUAUUUUUAGCUAGCACCCCGGUGCUAAUGGUGGCGAGCGACGCGUGACUAAAUCUGUCUUGUUGUUUUGGAAAAAAAAGAAGAAGAAGAGCCGAUGCAAAUGGAGCAGUGGCAGGACGCGGCCAGCCGGCAGGUCGAGCUGCUGACACGUCGCCUGGACGAGCUGCUGGCCAGGGGCCUGGAGCUGCUGCGCUCCGAGCUCGGCGUGGACUUGGGACUGGAGCCCGGGCUCGUUCCGCCGUGGGUGAUUCCCUUGGCGGCGUGCGUCGGGCUGGUGCUGAUGGUCUGUCUGUGGGCCUCCGUCUGCCGGGGUCUCUUCAAGAAACGGCCCGCUCUGAGCCCCGAGGACGACGACGACGACGGCGGCGUCGUCGAGGUGAAUCGCAGCGUCAGUAAACCCGUCAAACCCGAGGAGCCGAAGAAAAAGAAGAAGAAAGCAGACAAGAAAGCCCAGUCGAACGGGAGAGCUGCAGCUGAGCCGCACGAAGAAGCCAUAGUGUCGGAAGAGACGGUGCCACAUCACCAGCAGCAGCAGCCUGCACAAGUGAAGGCUGACAAGGUUGCAGAGGUGAAGAAGUCCAAGAAGAAGGCCAAACAGGCUGUGAAGGAGACCAAGGCGGCGACUGCAGAUGGCAAAGAACCAGAAGAAGGCACAUGGGAGACCAAGGUCAGCAACAAGGAGAAGCGUGAGCAACGCAAGAAGGACAAAGGUUCUAGCGAUGGCUCCGCCAGUCCAGGUGGAGGGGACAGGCCUGUCAGCCAUCCUCCAGAGCAGCCCAAGGCCUCUGCAGCCCCUGCACCAUCAAACCAGAAAAAGAAAAAAGGAGAAUCCACCAAAGUCAAGGCAGAGAAGGUGGAGCCUGUUGUAGCUCAAGUCAACAGCAGAGAGGCGGCAGCACCAGUGACCGACACGGCGGCAGUCAGCAUUCCUGCUCGCAGCGUCUCUCCGAAGACGAGCCCCUGGACCACCAAUAGAGAACCAGCAUCAGUGUGGAGGGGAGACAUCGAUGAGUCGUGGACCGUGAUCGACAGGGCAGUUCCCACCUCUGAGCUAAAUCCGUCUUUCUCCGGACUGGGUGUCAGUGGUGGUGCUGCUGCUGAGCCCCGCCCAGUGAGCGACCUGCCCCGGCUCAGUCAGCCCAGAGUGGACGAUGAGUGGUCUGCAAGCAAUGGCGGUUCAGGCGACCCCAGCUCUGACUGGAACGCCCCCUCGGAAGCCUGGGGCAACUACGAGGAGCCGGCCCUCAAACCCGCGCCGGAGCCGGAGCAGUCGCUGCCUGAGCCCGUCAAGGACGAUGACGAGGAUGAGAAGGACAAGGGAGAGACCUCUCCUGACGGAGCAGCUAAAACUAAAAAGAAAAAGAAGAAGAAGAAGAAAGCUGCAGAGGAGGGUGGAGCAGCUGACCAGGGCGAGGAGCCAGAGAAGGAAGCAGCACCUGCGGCCCCGGCAAAGAAACAGGAGAACACUGCUGCCAUCCAGCUGGUCAAAGCAGCUAACGCUGAGGUGAAAGUAGAGCGACCAAUGAAGGACAACAACACAUCCCCUAAACCAACCAUCACACAAGUGCCCACUGAUGGAGAGCCCACUGCCAAGCAGAACAGCCUUCCUGCUCCGGCUCCACAGAAGAAAUCUGAGGAGAGCCAAGCGCCCAAACCAGCCAAGAAGAAGAAGGCCCGGAGAGAGACAUGAGGUCAAGUCCAACCCUGCAGAUCUCUGUAUGCAAAAAGACUCCACAUCCUGUUUAUGCAACAACAACCUUUGUGACAAGGACUUUGGAAACUAAGGUCUUCAUGAAGAACUUACCUUAAAACUCAAAUGUCUGAAGAGUGGAGGAGAAAAAAAAAUGAAAACAAUUUUUAUACACGUCGAGGGUCAAGUCGGGGGAUCGUUGAAAACUAAACCCUAGAUGCAGUGCAAUCUAAUGUGAUGCGUGUUCAAAUGAUUUUUAAGAACACAUUUGAUACUGAUUCUGUCUUCUAAUUCUUCUGACUCUAAUAACUUGAUUGAAUGAGCUGUUCUGUAGUAAUUAGACACGUAGGAAAAUACUGAUCAUGUUUAGAAACAAAUUGAUGUUGUGGUUGGCUUACGUGAGUUCAAACGGCGUACAGAAUGGAAACGCGCCGGCUCACUCGCGCAGCACUCGGGCCACGAUUGGCCUUUGCCUUUGCAAUUUUUUUAUUUUGCUCGUGACAUUUGUGAGAGCUACGACGGUACAGUGAGAGCACGGAGACGAUAGGGUGUAAAACAUUUGUGACAUAAAUGAGCAUCAUUGGACGCAGUAAAAAGGGAAUCAUGUCUGCUGUGUUUUUGCAUCGCGUGUGUGACAACAACAUUUCGUUGCCUCGGUCCAUCUGGUUUGUCCCUUCUCUGACGUGUGUGUCGACAACUGUGUCCUUGCUGUGUCUUUCUUCUCUAACGGACUGCUCUGUCUCUGGAGCCGUACGGGAGCGUCUGGUGGUAGAUGUGCCGGUGCGGCGUCGUCAACCUCUUCACGGUUUUCCACCUGUGGUUGACUUGGAAGUUCUUCAGAACAUUUUGUAAAAUCUGUUUGUAAUUAAAGAAAAGCUAAAGCCAUAUGUAAAAACAAAAUCACUAAACUAAAUAAAGGCCAGUUUUCUAUAUUCUGGCUUUUUUUAUAUAAUGCAAGCUUUGGGUCAGCAACCUGCAGAGCUGAUAAACAACAUAUUUCCUUGGGGGGCUCUGUUUUGACCUUACACACCUCAGCUGUGGAAUUAUUUGUGGAACAGAAUCAGCAGUGAAAAGAUAAUGGGAAGGUUAAUUAAUCCAUCAGAACAACAAUUCUACAACAAACAGAAUUCUGUGGUGAGUUUCUCAUCGUGGAGAAAAAAGUGCUACAGUGAUUUGUAAACACGAUCUGUGAUUUAUGGAUUAUUAAAAUUGUUUCAUUGAUUCAA